AUGGUGCCUGACCCCCAGCGCGUCGGCGUCACCAACUAUUACCUCCCCAUCUACCCAGUGGACUGUCCCACGGGCUGCGGCUGCGCCCCCGCACUUCUACUGUGGUUCUUCGAUUCGCGAAGCGGCUUUGAGUACCAGAAGCUCGGGCCUGAUGGGAAGAGGAUCGCGCGCCCCAAUUGGGUUGACACCAAUGUGGUUGACUGGUUCCUCGCCGAGAACCAACGCAUCGUCACGAGAUUCAACAAGACCAUCCCCUCCCUGAGUUUCGUCCAUAUUCCCUUCGACGCCUUUUCUGCUGUGCAGUCCGGUCCAGGAAUCGACCCGCAGCGACAGCCGGGGAUCAACGACAUGGUUGUCACAGGCCAGGCGAUCGGCUACUGUCCCGACGGCGUCAAUAACGGCACCUGCGCGUACGGCGGACAGGACAUACCCUUCAUGAAGGCAGUCACGUCGACGCCGGGCAUGCUGGGCCUCUUCACUGCGCACCAACACGGUGACUCGUGGUGUUACAAGUGGACGGCGGACGCGCUUCCGGACUACCCCGUGCAGCCCAGAGGUGACGGGCUCAACAUCUGCUUCGGCCAGCGGACGGGUUACGGCGGCAACGGCAACUGGGAGCGCGGGUCGCGGCAGUUGCGCUGCGGCAGAACCAGUUGGCUCUGGGCGAGCUCGAGACAUGGAUCCGGCUCGAGUCUGGAGAGGUCGUUGGUGCCGUUUCGUUGA